AUGUCCACUUCAUCCUGCUCCUCAGUUCAACUAACUCCCAACUCCUCUCCAAUUCCCUAUGAUUCUACAAACAAAACAAAGAAGGCUGAUAACAAUGAUAUCGACGAUGCCAAACCACGCCACCAAGCCCGGCACUCUCCAUCACAACCAACCCCUAAACUCCGACUACAUCUACAGGACCUUACCCACCCAGCGACAAAGUCGUUCAUAAACCUAAUCUCAGAUCCAAAUGCCGCGAUUAACACGGCUCUGGCCAACAUUGUAAUGUACCUAUACACAUCCCCGCCGGAACGCAAUCAAUCUAGAAAUACCAGCAGCAGCCAUGCGCCCCGCACACAUCCACAUUUCAACCCUUCAAUCCCGGCGACCCGCUCCGUUACCUUCAUAAUCCGCGACAUGCCAGGCGUAGCCUACACAACCGGCACAGAGCUUGAUUCAGACCACAAGGAGAUACAUUUUUCCCUCUCCUACAUCUCUACAGUUAGUAACACAUUCGCAGAUGCAGCGCGCGAGCUGCUGGGCGUAAUCACCCAUGAACUAGUACAUUGCUACCAGCACACCCGCCCUCAGUCUCACCCGGGGGAGGAAGAGCGGAAGAAGAAGAGGAAGAAGAAGAAGUCGAAGAAGAUGAAGCAGAAAAUGGAUAAAUCAGGGCCAGUAAUCCCAAACCCCCCCUCAGGUUUAAUCGAAGGCAUCGCAGAUUUUGUCCGUUUGAAGGCCGGACUCGUCCCGCCACAUUGGAAACGGCCCAUGAGCAAGGCUGAGCGCGGUGGGAGAUGGGAUCAGGGAUACCAGAUUACGGCAUUUUUCUUGGAAUGGAUUGAGGAUGUCAAGGUUGGGGAAGGGGCUGUGGGGAUGUUGAAUGAUCGCCUGUUGAGGGUUGGGUAUGUUGGCGAGUCGGAUGGGAAUGGAGACGGUGAGGAUGACGGAGACAAUGGAGAUGAUGGGGAUGAUGGGGAUGAUGAAGACGGCGGGGACGAUGGAGAGGGGGAUCAGGAGCGAGCGGGCGUAAUGACGGACGACAAAGAUCUAGCUAAAUGUGGAUUCUGGAGUGGGCUUUUUGGUGCGGGCGUAAUGGAACUCUGGGAGCAGUACGGUGAGUAUUUAGAUGCAUUGAAGGCCAAAGAUGCGGAUGCAACAACCCAACGCACGGAGUCGACGUCUUCCUGGCAAGGGUUAAAAUUACACCAAAUACCGAGAAAUAAGCAAAGCAUACAACUGAAAGUUUCGGAAGAGUGCGGGAGAGCAUUCGAUGUAACCAUGAACAGCAUAAUAAAAAGGACAGUGGACUAUAUAGGAUUUUCUGUGGGAUUGGGCAAAACCGCGGCAUUCAACUUCGCAUAUGUCCAACUUUCUCACGGCAUUUCUCACAAGCAGACAGUUUUCACAAGCAGACAGUUUUCACAAGCAGCUGUCCAAUUGUAA